AUGGCAAACCAACAACAACCCGGCAACCGCAAAUUCCAGCCAAUAUCCGUCGGAAAAUGCUAUGCGCAAACCGCCACAGACAGGUUUGGCGAUGGCGCCAAAGCCGCUGUCCGCGAUCGCGAGCGGUUGAACAUGGGCCUGCAUCCUCAGAACUCCGAAGUCCCCUUUGUUUGGCCUGGUAACGAUUCGGACGACGAGAGACAAAGCGGAUCUAUAUACCGAUUAAUACCGUCCAUGCAGAAGUUCAGAGGCAACCUGACUGCUCUCUCCCAAGUAUACAAUCUCUACUUCUCUGCAUAUCAAGGCCGAAUAUUCGUCUACAGACCCCGCGCCGCCCCCAGUCAAGCACUCUCGGGCCAACCUGAUCUACAACUGAAACCUAAAGCGAGCGAAGUAGCUCGAGUGGUAGGAGGUGCACUCGAUGAAUCCAGGCCGCAUACAGUAAAUCAUAUGACAACCGGAUUCCUUGGCGAGGAAGAAGUAGUCCUUGCGUGCUACGAUGAUGGCGACGUGGUUGCAUACUAUACCAAGGACCUAGCGAAACGGAUCUUCACAUGUCGUGGUACGACCGAAACGUCGCACAAAAACCAAACAACCCCAAAGGAGUUCUUUCAUGAGAAUGUUGGGAUAUCAGCUUGGGGUUUAGCUGUGCAUCGAAGGUCUCGUUUAAUUGCUGUCAGCUCGAAUCGUCACGAAGUGGUUGUCUUCGCCCUCGCCUUAACCCAGAACCCCCCGAGUCGCAGGACAAGUGUAUCCCGAACGACGCAGCCAGCUAUUCAAACGCGGACCCGAAAUUGGCGAAUUGUGAUCCGAUUACCUCCAGCCGCGGACAAUAUCCCUAAUGUCUGUUUCAUAGACGAUCGUAAGGGUAAUGCGCAGCGUGUCGGUGCUGUUGAUGUCAAGGGGAACGCAUGGCUUGCAGAUAUCUGGAAAGGGAACGUAGGCCCAAUUGAGGUCCGACCGAUAUCCGAGACUCUGAUGAGGAGUGAAGAGUUCUUCCCUGCUCCGUCUAGAGGAUGGGGAAUAUUCAGCCUCGACGAAGGGGAUUUCUUGAAAGUCAAAACCACGGAGGAGCUAUUUGGUUUACCUACAGAGCAACUUGAAAUCGUCCCGGCGGGCAAUGGGCAGCCCCUGGUGAACAUUAGAAAUGCCCUCUCGAAGAUUCCUGACAACCCUCAAUUGAUCCCGCCUCCUCUCACAGCCAUGCCAACCAUCCCUGGCCCAGCUAUUUGGGAGCCGGGUUUAUUCCAGCCAUGGUUUGCGAUGCCGGAUGGAACAGGACUACUAGGCAGCGAUGGAAGCGACGCUGCAGGUGAGGAUGAAUUUGAAGACACCGAGGAAAGCGACGAGGAAGGCGACACAGAUGGGAACUCUGAAGUUGAUACAGAGGUUGCCACUGUUACGGGUUGGGGCGCCAUUAACUUCCCGCAUUACCAUGCGCAGGAGCAUGGCAAUAACAAGUCGGCCGCCAGUCUUCCCGAUAACUUGCAUGCGUGGGAUGAGACGUUGAAACAAGCCGACUUCAAAGGGCGGCAACACGGAAAAAAAGACAAGGACGAAGCUACAUCUGGAGACAUUGCAAACCCCUUCAAGCUCGACAUGACAUACUUUCCUCAUAGCAACACGGUACAUCCAACGCUCCGGGACACCAUCCCCAUGAUGAAAUUCCUGGGGAAUAGUAGAUCCACUGAGCAUAACCGACAUCCCUUGACACCGCAGGCUCAUCUGGCAGAUCUUGGGAAGAAGCUGUUUCUGCUACGAACAUACGAGAAAGAUAUCGAGCUGCGUUCAUUCGCUGGAUCGACAAGUGAAAACUUACCAUCAGAGAUCGGAGUUGUUUGCCCAGACGUACUGACGUUUGGACGCUUUCGGAAUGUCGGUCUGCGAGGGCACUUUCACGCGACAAGCAGGCUGAACAUGAUUGCUUUGGCCCCUGAACUUUCUCUCAUGGCCAUUGGGUCACCUACUGGACGGGUUGUGAUCAUAACACUAACACGAAAGCCUUGCCCUAACGAGCACCACGAAAUUACCUGGGAGCACGGAUUUCGAGUAGAGUGGGUGCUACCGACAGGAUCUGACGAGGCCAAACAUCGCAAAACCCUACGACCCAUGCACGGGAUGGCUCUGGGUCCAGUCCAGACGGGUGACGAUGUCGGAGGUAAGGUUGGAGGUGGAGGACCAGCAAUGCCACGGCGAUAUCGGCUGAUGCUGCACUAUCGAAACCACGAUAUCUUGUCUUAUGAGUUGACACGAGAGGAGCAAACGGGCAAAUUAUGCAUUUUCUGA